AUGGAUUCUCAACCUCCAAGAAACUGCACUGUCCUUGUUGUUGGAGGUGGUCCAGCUGGCUCGUAUUGUGCAUCUGUUCUAGCUCGCGAGGGGAUUAAUACUGUUGUCCUCGAAGCCGAAGAAUUCCCUCGCUAUCAUGUGGGCGAGAGUAUGCUGCCUUCCAUACGACACUUUAUGCGUUUCAUAGACUGUGAUGAGAAGUUCGACGCUCACGGCUUCAGGAUCAAGAAAGGUGCUACGUUCAAGCUCAACUCUAAGGAACCCGGAUCUACCGACUUCGUUGCCGCUGGAGGGCCCCAGGGCUAUGCCUAUAAUGUCGUACGCUCGGAGUCCGAUGAGCUCCUGUUCCGUCACGCCGGGGAAAGCGGCGCUCAUAUCUACGAUGGCUUCAAGGUGAAGACUGUGGAUUUCGUCCCAUCUGGUCUCCCCCGCAGCACUGAUCCCGAAUGCGAGAUUCCGGAUCCUGGCCGCGCAAAAUCUGCUACCUGGACAAGAAGCAAGGACGGCGCUUCGGGCGUCGUGAACUUCGACUACCUCGUGGAUGCUAGUGGCCGUCAGGGUCUUAUGAGCACCAAGUAUUUGAAGAAUCGCGUGAUGAACAAUGGUGAACAGCUUCAGAGCAUCGCAAACUGGGGUUACUGGACCAACGGCGGCACGUUUGGGAUAGGGACGCCGCAGGAAGGAAACCCUUACUUCGAGUCCCUCCAUGAUGGCAGUGGGUGGGCGUGGUAUAUUCCGCUUCACAACGGCCAGUGUUCUGUUGGCGUGGUCCGAAACCAGGGGGUAUUAGCACAGAAGAAGCGUGACAGUGGACUUGACAGCAAAGCAAUAUAUCUUGACACUCUCAAGAAUAACGCCGGCAUGCGGGAUCUGCUCGCGGCGGCUACACUUGUGAGCGACGUGAAGUCCGCUUCUGACUGGUCAUACAACGCACCAGCCUAUGCGAGCCCUUAUGUCCGCAUCGCAGGUGAUGCUGGCUGUUUCGUGGACCCCUUUUUUUCAUCCGGUGUUCACCUCGCGCUCAAUGCUGGGCUCUCGGCGGCGACCACCAUCUGCGCUUCCAUCAAAGGCCAAGUCUCAGAGCUGGCUGCGGCUACUUGGCACUCAAAGAAGGUGGCUGCAUCCUACACGCGCUUCUUAAUCGUGGUUUCCAGCGCCUUGAAACAGAUACUCGAGGGAGAAGAGCCCGUCAUUUCAGAUUAUGACGAAAAUUCUUUUGAACGUGCUUUCCAGCACUUCCGUCCGAGUAAGCUUUGCAUGCGCUCUUUUACAAUACAGAAGCUUGUACUAAUCAGAGUCUCUUGUCCUAUAGUUAUCCAAGGUUCUGUGGACGUGAGCGCCAAUCUUUCACAGGCCGAAGUAAUGCGGACGCUGAAUUUCUGCAUGGGUGCACUAGCAUCCAACGAAGUACCAGAAAAGGAGGCUCUUCUGCAGAAACUGCGUUUGCUUGCUGUCAGCGAUUCAGGAACCAUUUCGGACGAGAAAUACAUGCUCGCAAUCAAAGAAGCCGAAACCAUCUUGACAUCCGAGCAAUUGGACUAUCUCAACUCGAUCCGCAAGAACGAAACCUUGAUUCCUGAUGACAUUAUAAGUCUUGAUAGCACUGGAUUCGAUGUGCUUGACGGAUUUUCAGCGAACCUUGUCAGAGGACAUCUUGGCCUUGUCGAGCCAAGAAUGCCUUCCGUGGUCGCGUUCUGA